AUGUCCCCCAAAAGAAACGUCAAGACGUCCCCACCGAGAAACGAGCCGCCGAUCGAGUUUCCCAAAAAGAGCUCCCCACCCAUGGAUAGCCCGUCCCCGCCCAAGUGUAAGGUGCCGUCGCCCCCGCUGAAAGUCACGUCGCCUCCUACCGUGAAGAACGUGUUCACUACGCAGAACCAGGAUAAAGAGGACAACGCUGCCAAAAAUAACUACAUCACUCUGUCGACCAAGGUGUCUUCGCCGCCCAAAACUGACAAGCUCACCUCUUUCUCCGGGGGAGUCCUGUCGAACAUACAGAAAUUCAACAGAGUCGACUCCAAAAAUGAGGAUGACACUGCCAAAGUCAAGAAGGAAGUAGCCAAGGAAAUGCCAUUGAAAACUGAAAAACUAUCCCUGCCUGCGCCCAAAAAUAACGAUACUAAACCUAAUGUAACUGAACCUGAAGUAAAACAAGAAGAUAAAUCUCUAAAAGCAGCAGCACAAGAUGAUAUCCCUAAAAAAGUUGAUACGGAACCUCCCAAGGCAGAUGAUAAAUCAGAAGAAAAUAAUGGGGUCGGAGAUAAAAUACGAAUAUUCGAAAAGGCCGCGGAAGACGCUAGUGCGAAUGCUGGACGACUUUCUAGACCUGGUUCUGUGCGGGGACGGUCUCGCACAGAAAGAUUGGGCUCAGAUAGCGACCUGCCACCCCCAGCUACGCCAUUUAAAGACAACAUCUUCUUUGAAAACAACAGCGAAAAAACGAAUACCCUGAACCAUAGAAAUACGCUAGAACGUCAACCUAGCAUCACAGGAUCCGUAGCUGCAAAAUGGCAGAGAAACGAUAGCAGCGAGGAGAAAAUACAGAAGCCGGAACCUCAGAAGAUUAUCAAACCAGAGUUCAAACCGAUGCCCUCCCCAGUUGAUCUGACUAUACGUUCUCCGAGCCUUGGAGCGAAGAUCCCCGAUCAGUUUCCAUCGCAGGGAACCGCUUUCCGCAACGUCGCGUCGCCCGACACCGCUCGCACUAACGCUAACAAAGCCGCCGAGGACCUCAAAGCUUACAAAUUGAAGAAUAAACAGAAGCUGUCCGUCAGCAAGGGUACAAGCUACUUUUCGAGCGUCUCAAACGAGGUUUGGCUAGUCAAGAAGAAGGAUAUCGAAGAGAUUGAGGAGAGAGUAUUAGAUUCGUUCAGACGGGCCGGCGGUAACGUCUGUAUGCGAAGUGAGACAAUGCGACCUUCGUCUGACAGCGGACAGAGUGCGUUCACACACGCAACUAUGGGUCGCAAGCGCCAGAUGUACGCUCGAAGCGAGUCGCUCGACCCGCAGUGGGCCAACGCUCGAGCGCAGACGCUGAAGCGACAGUCCUCAGUAGCUUGCACUUGUGGCCACGAUAAGAAGACAAAAGGAAAGAGCGCGGAAACACCUAGGCCUCGCUCCCGCUCCCACGGCGACGAAAACAAUCAAAGUCAUGUCCUAGACAAGUAUGAAACACUAGUGUAGUAGUUUUCACAGUAUUCCAUGCGUAUAUCACAUGUGUGGUACGGUGCGUCAAUAGUUUUUUUCACGAGACAUAUUUGCUAGAACAUAGACUCAUAGUUCAUAUUAACUUAAACCAAAAAUAUGAAUAUAGUUAUCGAAAGUAGUUAGGUGUAGGGAUAAAAUGUCUUCUUCCCCGUUACUGUUGUUGGCAUAUUGUUUGGCGGUCGCCUUGAGUUUAAUUUUAUUGAAUAUAUAUAUAUUGCGAGUCAA